CGCGGGAGUUGCCAAACAAUGAUUGGAACAACCAAAAGUCAAACCAACGUCCGAUAAUAUCAAUUAAAUCAAUUAACUAAUCUCCCUCGAUAAUCCAACGCGCUUCCUCUGGAUCUCACAUAAUCCUCACACCUCAACCAAAAAUAAUGUGAUUUUGAUAUUUUUCUCUUUUCCCUAUUCUAACAGAUUUUCAAAAAAUCCUAAAGAUGGCGAACAUCGCCGUGACCCUAAAACGCGGAAUCUCACGACAAUUCUCCUCAGCAUCUCUCCGCCGCACGCUAAGCCGCCAGUUCACGCGCCAAUCAUCCCACGAUCCUCGCCGCAACAACAUGCGGUUCAGCUUCGGCAGACAGUCCUCCCUCGAUCCGAUUCGCAGGAGCACGGAAGGAGGCUCUAACCAUCAGCUCGCGGUGCCUGAUAACCUCGACGCCACGAUGCAGCUUCUGUUCGUGGCCUGUGGGGGAGAUGUUGAAGGUGUGAAGGAUCUGCUUGAGGAAGGGAUUGAUGUGAAUAGUAUUGAUCUUGAUGGGCGCACGGCUCUUCAUAUAGCUGCUUGUGAAGGUCAUGUUGAGGUUGUUAAGCUUUUGUUGACUAGGAAGGCUAAUAUUGAUGCUCGUGAUCGUUGGGGAAGCACGGCAGCUGCGGAUGCGAAGUAUUAUGGGAACAUGGAUGUUUACAAUAUUUUGAAAGCCCGUGGUGCCAAAGUUCCGAAAACCAAAAGGACACCGAUGGUUGUUGGGAAUCCUCGUGAAGUUCCUGAAUAUGAGUUGAAUCCACAAGAACUUCAGGUUCGGAAAGCUGAUGGUAUCUCAAAGGGAAUAUAUCAAGUGGCUAAGUGGAAUGGGACUAAGGUAGCUGUCAAGAUACUUGAUAAGGAUCUCUACAAGGAUAAUGAAACCAUAGAAGCCUUCAAACACGAACUUACUUUGUUAGAAAAGGUUCGUCAUCCUAAUGUUGUGCAAUUUGUUGGAGCUGUAACUCAAAAUGUCCCCAUGAUGAUUGUGUCUGAGUAUCAUCCUAAAGGUGACCUUGGGACUUAUCUUCAAAAGAAAGGACGCCUUUCUCCAUCCAAAGUUCUAAGAUUUGCCCUCGAUAUAGCCAGGGGAAUGAAUUAUCUUCACGAGUGCAAGCCAGAACUAGUAAUCCACUGUGAUCUAAAACCCAAAAAUAUUAUGCUAGACAAUGGAAAACAUUUGAAGGUGGCGGGAUUUGGAUCAAUAAGUUUUUCAAAGCUAUCAUCUGAUAAAUCAAGACUCCUUAAUCACGGGGCUAUAGAUCUUUCAAACUACUGUGUGGCGCCUGAGAUUUACAAAAAUGAAAUAUUUGACAGAAGUGUGGAUUCAUACUCUUUUGGUGUCUUAUUAUAUGAGAUGAUUGAAGGACAACCCUUCCAUCCUAAGCCACCAGAAGAGGCAGUGAAGCUAAUGUGUUUGGAAGGAAGAAGACCUUCCUUUAAAACCAAGUCCAAAAAUUGUCCCCAAGAGAUGAGAGAAUUGAUUGAAGAGUGCUGGGAUGCGAAAGCUGUUGUUAGGCCGACAUUUUCUGAGAUCAUAGUUCGAUUGGAUAGGAUCCUUGUACAUUGCUCAAAACAAGGGUGGUGGAAAGAUACAUUCAAGUUUCCUUGGAAAUAGUACAGAGGAGCAGGAGAGGUUUAGCAAAGAAGUCAGCAAUUCAAGAGCUCACUUUCUCAUGUUUUACAAUAAAAGCGGUACAAAGAAUACAAAAAGAAACGGUGCGCCUUCUCCCAUUUGUCUAUGUCUUGUUGUGUAAGAAAAUGUAUUACGUCGGAAAGUACUUCAUUGAGCUAUAUAGACUUCUCUAAUGCACAGAACUGAGCAUUGCGAGAUUACAAUGUAUCAUAUUCAUAUAAGUAGCACGAAAGCACUUCAUUCUUGUUGUCUCAAAGUCGAAGGUCUUUUUUUUUGUAAGAUAUAGAAAGGAGUUAACUACACAUAAUUCAUAUACCAAGAGUCUGAUUCUCAACCAAAUAUAUGAUUACUCAGGAAAUUGUACAGAAGACCAAAAGGUCGUUAUAGAAAGGAUCAUCUUUCAAUUUCUUAAGUCAAAAGAGCAACAACCUCGUCAAUGUUCUUGUCGGAAGUACCUCCUUCAGAAACAGCCUCACGAGCCAACACCUUUAACUUCUCAACAUUCCUCCUCAUCUCUUUCCUUUUCUCUCCUUCCAUAACCUCAACAAUGCAUCUCGCAAUCUCUUCCUUACUCACAAACCCUUCUUCAUCAGCCUUCACUCUCACCCCAAUCUUCCACACAUCCUCUAUAAACUUAGCGUUUGUAG